GGCAUGUGACAAGCACCGUUUGACGAUACCCACCUUCAUCCUCCCUCCCACCAUGCAACACGCCCUUGAAGUAUCAUCACUACCCGAACCUUUGGAGCGCAUCCCGGAACUUUGGUUUGAUGACGACAAUCUCGUCCUCCGCGCAGAAAACUCGAUCUACCGAAUAUCAAAGGGCCUGCUUGCAGCACGCUCGUCGGUUUUUGCGGACAUGCUGUCAUUUCCGGAGGGAGAGGAACAUAUUGAUGGAUGUCCCGUCGUCCAGUUGCAUGACAGUGCGCGGGAUGUGACUUGCUUUCUGAGGGCCAUCUUCGAUUCGAGUUUCUUCCAGCCUCCGCCCAGCAAGACUGACUUAGCAACAAUCACGGGCAUCCUGCGUCUAAGCCACAAAUACGACGUGCAAUAUCUUCGUCGGCGCGCAUUGCAGCACCUCGACACGGGCUACCCUACCUCCCUCGAUGUGUUCGAAGUAUCUGGAUCGGAAACAUUCCGUAGCGACGGCCUCGAUGACAGUCUGGUGGUGAUACGAUGCGCUUCAGAAGUCGGUGCGACAUGGGUGCUGCCGAGUGCUUUCUACUUCCUAUGCUAUUCGGACAUGCGCGACAUCCUCAAAUCCCCGCAAUGGCCUUUGCUCACGGCCGUCGACCAGGAGACAACGAUUGUGAGCUACACCAAGCAAAGGCUGGCCUGUCCGCCUGUCCUCCCGUUUCUAAGGAUCCCUUUUACGGAAGGUUGUUCCACGCUGGACGAAUGCUCAGAAUACCGCACCUUAUACCUGGAAGAUGUGGGGGCAUGGAAUAUCUCUGACCCAUUGGGAAGCUACCGGGACUGGACACCGUUCGAGAGCAAGGUUUCUCACGAUGCUAGUCGGCAGAAUAGGGUCGACAUGGACGCCGCUCGCGCGGCCACGACGGUGGACGUGCUGGCUUUGAGAGACUUUCUACACGGUGGAUCCGCAAAGUGGACAGCCCGCGCGCGCAUCGUCGAUAUACUGCAACAGGACCCGAUUUUUGACAAGACGCAGCGGCCUUUCCUUACCCGUAAGGAGCUCUACACGAGGGGCCAGGCGUUGACGAACCGGCUUUACGAGCUGAAGGAGGCUCAUCACUGGUCCGACGAGGAGGCAACCAUCGCGGUUUCUGUGCUGGACGACGCUUUGCCCAUUGCUCUGCACAACAUCGCAUUUGAACCUGUAUUUCGUCUGCAAGCAUCUGAUGCCUUGCUCGCUCAUUACGCUCAUUUGGUGGCUACAAAAGGAAUCCUUGGCUGCUACCUCCAAACUGAACUCGGGCAUGGCACCAACGUCCGGAUGCUCGAAACAACCGCGACGUACCAACUAGACACACAAGAGUUCGAGAUUCACUCUCCAACUCUGACGAGCACGAAGUGGUGGAUCGGAAGUCUUGGGAAAACGGCCACACACGGGGUUGUGCAAGCGAAGCUGAUACUACCGGGAGGGAAGGACAUGGGUCCUCAUCUGUUCUUUGUGCAGCUAAGGUCCUUGGCUGAUCAUCGACCACUUCCUGGCCGUACUCUGGGCGACAUCGGCCCCAAAGCGCUGGCCGGCUAUGCCUCGACAGACAAUGGGUUUGCGCGCUUCGAUCGGGUCCGCAUCCCGAAAGAAUAUAUGCUCUCCAAGUUUGCAGAUGUUACUGCUGCUGGAGAAUAUGUGACUCCUCCGCAUGCCAAAUUGAGCUAUGGCGGGAUGCUUUAUAUCCGCUCUGGAAUGGUAACUGCUGCCGGCUGGGCGAUUGGCAAAGGUGAUCAGGGUAUCGAUGUGUACGCCACUGUCCGCCGGCAAGGAGCAGUCGGAUCCGACGGGCUCGAACAUCAAGUUAUAUCUUACCCGUCGUUGCACAUCCGACUGGUCCCUCUUGUUGCGCGUGCCUACGUCUUUAUCGAGCUUGGACGUGCUCUGUCCCGUGGCUUCGAUUCUCUGGCAAAGGGUCUCUCAUCCGGCGACACCUCGCAGUUGGCAGAAAUGCACGUGAUGACGAGCGGACUCAAAGUUCUGGCGUCUACGACUACGAUUCAAGACCUCGAGACAGCCCGUCGAUCAAUGGGAGGACAUGGCUACAGCGCUUUUGCUGGCGUGGGAAGGAUGUAUGCCGACUACUUGCCUGCCGCGACAUACGAGGGGGAGAACUUCGUGCUGGAUGGGCAAGUGCUGAGAGCAGCAUUGAAGGCCUUCAAGAACCUUUCUUCCUCAAAAGAGCUCGCGCCGUCCUCGUUUUAUCUCCGACUUGUUCUUGACACGCAACAUGUGCCGCCUCGAUUAGGACCGGAGUCUUGGUCCGAUCCGGCGAUUUCAAUUCUGUUGCUGGAAUGGCGAGCAGCAAGACUGGUCAAUGAAGCUGCACUCGUUGCCGCAAGCCCGGACCCAACGACGACUCAACGCGUCUCGAAAGCAGUGACCGAGGCGUUUGUCGCUGCAAGAAUUGGUGAAAUGAUUGCAACGCUCGCUUCGGAAUCGACUGUCGUCCGCAAGGUCUACAAUUUGUAUCUCCUGACAACAGUCGAGUCUGCGCUGACAGAUCUACUAUCGCUGGGACUUUUCAAUGUGGUGGAUACCGCCACCAAGUCUCUUGAUCCUACGCGCGAGCUUCGGUUGUCGAUCGCCCAGUCUUGUGCUGAUCUCCUGUCCGAAGCGAUCGGACUGACGGAUGCUUUCGGAUUCACCGAUUGGGAGCUCGACAGCUCACUCGGACGGUACGAUGGAAAUGUGUACGAGGCGAUAUGGAACCGAGUGCGGGACGAACCUCUCAACCAGACUGAGGUUACCGAAGCCUACCACGUCUGUUCUCCCUCACUUUGUUUCCAGCGUGCACUCACUGGUGUCCUAGAAAUCGAUCAGGCCUUUGCUGUUGCGCGUGUCUGGAUCGCCACCAAUAUACGCGACCACCGUGUUGCAGCAUGCAAAGUCAUCCGCAUAACCGACCGAACUCUUUCUGAAGACAGAAAGAAGGUUGACAAAGAGAUGCGGAUUCACGCACAGCUGAAACACACUAAUGUCCUGGAGCUCCUCGACGCAGUAAUAGUCGAGAUGAAGUACGCUCAAAGGUAUCAUCCUGGCUACUAUCUUCUCCUUGAGCUUGCGGCGGGUGGAGAUUUGUUCGAUAAGAUUGCUCCGGAUGUUGGGCUGGACGAUGAUCUAUCGCAUCUUUACUUCAAUCAACUACUCUCAGGGAUGGACUAUGUACACAAAGAAGGGGUUUGUCACCGAGAUCUCAAGCCAGAAAACAUCCUCCUCGAUGCAGCUGGUACACUCAAGAUAUGCGAUUUUGGUUUGUCGACUGUAUACAAGCUGAAGGAUACUGGACGAGUCCGGAUGUUGUCUGAACGAAGUGGCAGUUUGCCUUACGUCGCUCCUGAGCUGAACGGCUCUGAACCAUACGCGGCUGAACCGAUCGAUGUUUGGGGUAUGGGGGUGAUAUUGUUCACAUUUCUGGCUGGGAACACACCUUGGGACGAACCAUCUCGGAAUAGUCCCGAAUUCAUGGCCUAUCUUUCCGGUGAAAUUCUACAAGAACAGCCGUGGUGUCGCUUCAGCAGUCAAGCAUUGUCGCUCAUCCAAGGGCUGCUUACUGUUGAUCCUCGAGAUCGAUUCACCUUAGCUGACGCAUUUCAGCAUCCAUGGUGCCAAAGACCCAGCCAACUCGCCAAGGCAGGGAUGAUGGGUCUUGCUGAUGCUCUCUGUGAGCCGUUGCGCCAGUCGGGAGACAUGGAUCUGGCCGAACCUGACCUGGGAAUACGGUACAGUACUUUCUCGCCCACCCUCUUUUUCUCCACUCUCAAGUUCCAAGCAUGGAAGAUGAAGACGUUCCAAUGCUCUCGGCAAUGA